CUGACCCGGGCAUAGAUGGCUCCUGCCAUGGAUACAGGGGAUAUGGUCCCCCCUGCCGUGGACCUGGUGCUGGGUGCCUCAGCCUGCUGCCUGGCCUGCGUAUUUACCAAUCCCCUGGAAGUGGUGAAGACUCGGCUACAGCUGCAGGGGGAACUGCAGGCCCCAGGCACCUACCCACGGCCCUACCGGGGCUUUGUGUCUUCUGUUGCAGCCGUCGCCAGGGCUGACGGGCUGUGGGGCCUGCAGAAGGGGCUGGCUGCUGGCCUUCUCUACCAGGGCCUCAUGAACGGUGUCCGUUUCUACUGCUAUAGCCUGGCAUGCCAGGCUGGCCUCACUCAGCAAGCAGGCGGUACUGUGGUCGCAAGCGCUGUGGCUGGGGCAUUGGGAGCCUUUGUGGGAAGUCCUGCUUACCUGGUCAAGACCCAGCUGCAGGCCCAGACAGUGGCCGCUAUGGCCGUGGGACAUCAGCACCAGCAUCAGAGUGUCCUGGGUGCCUUGGAGACCAUCUGGCGCCAGCAGGGCCUACUGGGGCUGUGGCGGGGUGUGGGUGGGGCUGUGCCCCGAGUCACAGUGGGCUCGGCUGCCCAGCUGGCCACCUUUGCCUCCGCUAAGGCUUGGGUACAGGAGCGACAGUGGUUUUUGGAGGACAGCUGGCUGGUGACCCUGGCUGGAGGCAUGAUCAGCAGCAUAGCUGUGGCUGCAGUCAUGACUCCCUUCGAUGUGGCCAGCACUCGGCUGUACAAUCAACCGGUGGACAGAGCUGGCAGGGGCCGGCUGUAUGGGGGCCUAGCUGACUGCCUGGUGAAGAUCUGCCAACAGGAGGGACCCCUGGCACUCUACAAGGGCCUGGGCCUUGCCUAUCUGCGCUUGGGCCCCCACACCAUCCUAAGCAUGUUCUUCUGGGAUGAGCUGCGGAAGCUGUCUGCGAGGCUCAACCUUGACCAAGACACCUAGCCUUGUCCCCCACCCCACCACCAAGCCUGGCAUUUGCUGCAAGUGGUGGCCUGCUUUAGUAGGACUGGCUGCCCUCAGCGGGGCUUGAGUC